AUGUUGCGAAGAUGGUUUCUGCCAAGAAGUUUAAACGAAUCCCCAGGACAGAACCACAAGGAGGAGAAAUUGUGCUCGGAAAAUUUCACCCGCAUCUUGGACAGUUUGCUGGAUGGUUAUGACAACAGGCUUCGUCCCGGAUUUGGGGGUCCUGUUACUGAAGUAAAAACUGACAUAUAUGUCACCAGCUUUGGACCUGUUUCUGAUGUUGAAAUGGAAUACACAAUGGAUGUAUUCUUCAGACAGACAUGGAUUGACAAAAGACUCAAAUAUGAUGGCCCUAUUGAAAUCUUGAGAUUGAAUAAUAUGAUGGUAACAAAAGUGUGGACCCCUGAUACUUUCUUCAGGAAUGGAAAGAAAUCUGUUUCACAUAAUAUGACAGCUCCAAAUAAGCUUUUUAGAAUUAUGAGAAAUGGCACUAUUUUAUAUACAAUGAGACUCACCAUAAGUGCGGAGUGUCCCAUGAGAUUGGUGGAUUUUCCCAUGGAUGGUCAUGCUUGCCCUUUGAAAUUUGGGAGUUAUGCAUAUCCGAAGAGUGAGAUGAUCUACACCUGGACAAAAGGGCCAGAGAAGUCAGUCGAAGUGCCAAAGGAAUCAUCCAGCUUAGUUCAAUAUGACUUAAUUGGACAAACCGUAUCAAGUGAAACUAUCAAAUCGAUUACGGGUGAAUAUAUUGUUAUGACGGUUUACUUCCACCUCAGACGGAAGAUGGGCUAUUUCAUGAUUCAGACGUAUAUUCCAUGCAUAAUGACAGUGAUUCUUUCUCAAGUGUCGUUCUGGAUAAAUAAGGAAUCAGUUCCAGCUAGGACUGUAUUUGGAAUAACCACAGUUCUCACCAUGACCACACUGAGCAUCAGUGCACGCCAUUCUUUGCCCAAAGUGUCCUAUGCUACUGCCAUGGACUGGUUCAUUGCUGUCUGCUUUGCUUUUGUGUUUUCGGCCCUUAUUGAAUUUGCUGCUGUCAACUAUUUCACCAAUAUUCAAAUGGAAAAAGCCAAAAGGAAGGCAUCAAAAACCCCUCAGGAAAAUCCAGCUGCUCCAGUGCUAAGAGAAAAGCAGGCUGAAGCACCUCUGCAGAAUACAAAUGCCAAUUUGAACAUGAGGAAAAGGACAAAUGCCUUGGUUCAUGCUGAAUCAGAUGUUGGCAGCAGAACUGAGGUGGGAAACCAUUCAAGCAAAUCUUCCACAGUUGUUCAAGAAUCUUCUGAAACCAAACUUCAGACUUACUUAGCUUCCAGUCCAAACCCAUUCAGCCAAGCAAAUGCAGCUGAAACUAUAUCUGCUGCGAGAGCACUGACACCCGCUCCUUCUUCAGCUACUAGUCAGACUGCGUGUGUGUCUAGACGGGCUUCACUUGGAUCUGCUUCUACUCAGCGUGUGUUUGGAUCAAGACUGGGGCGGAUUAAGACCACAGUUAAUACCGCAGGGGCUUCUGGGAAGUUGCCAGCCUGCACUCCUCCUUCUGCUCCUCCACCCUCUGGAUCUGGCGCAAGUAAAAUAGACAAAUAUGCCCGUAUUCUCUUUCCAGUCACAUUUGGAGCAUUUAACAUGGUCUAUUGGGUUGUUUAUUUAUCUAAGGACACUAUGGAGAAAUCAGAGAGCCUAAUGUAA